AAGCGGUCACAUGGUACAGCCUGAAGCGGUCACAUGGUACAGCCGGGCAGCGAGGCUUCGGACGUCAUCGUUUUCGGCUCCUCCCCUAAAUGAAGCAGGCUUCGAUACGCGCUUUACGGAAACCUCCCCUCCUUUACUCGCCUCGCUCCGAAGCCUCGGCACGUCAUGAAACAUCACUAAUGAAAAGAAAACCAGGAUUUAUUAUCAAAGACGAUCUUCGUGGGAGCGCACCUGAAGCGGAUCUCCUACAAUGGGCGGCAGGAUUCUUAAGGAGCGGUGGCGCAACCAGUCAUCGCUCGAUGGUCCCACUUGUUGAUUGGAGACGUCUCGUUGGAUCCUGCCAGGAAUUGCAUCUGCCCUACUGCCAAGCUGACUACGGAUCGACCGGAAACAUCUGCCUGCCGCCUCGGCCCCCAAAACCUCGCCGGACCUCCACACCAACACUUCCUACCACCUCCCUCAGCAACUCUCCUUCCCCGACGACCCGUAAGCCUUCUCGUUCCCUCCUCUGCCACGAUCCCGCCGUCCUUCUCCUUUCUAAACCUCUCCCCUCUCCGAGCAGCACCCGAGCCGACCCUCUGUUUUCCAGCUCAGAGGACAACCCGGACUCACCACCCUUACAAAACUGUAAAAUAAAUCUUUUGAACUUUAAUCCUCAUGGCUUGUUGUUUGAAGCCUGCAUGUGGGUAAAAAAACUAAAAUCCAACAUGACAAGGUUCUGUGUCCAGAUCCGAACACGGAGAAGCAGCUUUCACCUUCGAUGCACCACAAAUCUGGAAGAAACUUCCAGAAAACUGGAAGGUUUUGGAUGAUGUUGGGAGAAGGAUUUUCUCCAAGGAAACAAUUGAUGGAUGGAUAAUUAAAGCAACUGAGAGCUACUAUGGUUCUAUUUGCACUAAAUCUGUGUAAAGCAGGUAUUUCUGUGGUGCUUAAAGGGGAGAAAUGACCUAAAUGUUUCUGUCUGUGCCUCUAAAAGCCUUCCUCUGCCCAUCGUCAUCGAUCGCCCUCUGGUUCUCUGCCUCGGUUUGCUCUUGAGUCAUUUUCCUGUCAAGAUCCAGUCAGUGGGAGUCGGAUUCUUAUCUGCCUCUUUAGCGUAAUUAUAGCUGCCUGGAUAUAAGAUGCUUAAACGCACAUCUAUCUAAAGCUCUGCAGAUCUAUUCCCAUUAAAGUGACCAUUAACAUCAAUGUCUGACAGAUGGGCUGGUGGUGACAUUCUGGACGUCAGAGCAGUAAAGAUUUGGAUCUGGUUCCUCUGAGCUGCAGCAGAGAAAGCAGAUGCAUGGAAGAGAAGCAGAGGACUGAAGGUCUGAUGUUUGUUUAGGAUCAGCAGAGGAUUUUAUUUUCUGCUUGUUUGUUCUGAAGAAAACCAGCAGAAUUUUGAUGAUUCUUUACUUUCAUCGUUUCCCUCUGCAGGGAAA